AUGGACGAUGCGCAACCAUGGGCUGAAGCCUUUAUCGUCAAUCCCGACGGCAAGUUCGAAGCCGUCGGCUCGAACGAGGAGAUCAGAACCAUUGCUAAAAGAAGAGGGCUCGUUCAGUACCAACUACAAGAGAAAUUCGUCAUGCCCGGUAUCCACGACGCCCAUACUCACCUCUUAGCGGCCGGAUGCCAGCGCACUGGGGAAGCGCACGUCGGCUGGGAUAGCACCGACAAGACUCUCGCCAGCAACAUCAAGUCAGCUUCCUGUGCCUGCGCUUUUUCAAACGUCAUGGGCAACUGGAUUAUAGGCAACUUUUACCAGGCAAGCAACUUUGCCGAUGGCAUUCCCGACAGAAAAUACCUCGACGAGCUUUACCCGGGCGACCCCGUGAUCGUGCGCGAAAUUUCCUGCCAUCGAAUCCUCGUGAACACUGCUGGACUGCGUGAGAUGGGUAUCGACGACGACGUCAAGGACCCGCCCGGGGGUUUCUUCUUUCGUCGACCUGAUGGCACACUCACCGGAGAGAUUGUCGAGGCUGCAACAACUCCAAUCUGGCGUGGUCUACCGCGCACUCCACUCAGCUAUGCCAAGACUGUCAUCGAGUUUGCCAUGUAUGGCAUUACAUCCGUGCAAGAGGCAUCGGCCAACACCGUCUAUCUACACGCCGUGCGUGAGCUGGAAGCGGAGAAUCGCCUGCCUCUAAACAUACACACACACAUUGUUGCCGCACCGGAGAAAGCUCACGAGCGCGAGGAAUCACUAGCAGCUCUGCUCAAUGUUGCAGAAGCUUUUGAGAGCAAACAUGUUCACACGAGCUUUGUCAAGUUCUUCCUCGACGGCGCUCCGCUUCCUCCACAGUCCACCCAAUGCGAUUUGAACGACCAUGGAGCGCCCGAUGCUAAGCAUUUGCUGUUGAGCUACGACAAGCUACUCGAACAACUUCUCAAAUACGAUGCUCGGAACAUGACAUGCAAGAUCCACGCCGCAGGCGAGGGAAGCUUGCGGCUUGCGCUGGACGCCUACGAGGCUGUGCGAAAGAACAACCCCAACGGUCCCAAGCACGAGGUUGCGCAUUGUAAUGCAGUCCAUCCAGGCAUGUGA